UCAAGUCCCGUCUUCACUGCCGCCGUCAAAUACACCUCCGCACCCAAUACCCACCCCAUAGUGACAGCAUUGAUAAGAAACAAGAAGCCAUAGCCAUAAUCUCAAGAAUCCCCCUCCUAGACCCUAGUCACAUAACCACAACCACAACCACAAGCCCAUCCACAUCCACAGCACCAACCACACCAUGUCAAAACCCCACAUCCUCCUCCUCAAUGGCCCAAACCUCAACCUCCUCGGCCUGCGCGAACCACACAUCUACGGCUCCACAACCCUCCCCGCUCUAACCACCACCCUCAAAUCCCACGCCUCCACUCUAGGCCUGCACCUCACCGCCUUCCAAUCCAACCAUGAAGGCGCCAUACUCGACCACCUUCACAGCCACUACCCGCAAGCCCAACUCCCAACCUCACAAACCCCUCACACCCCCUUCGACUUCAUAAUCAUCAACCCCGGCGCUCUCACACACACGAGUAUCGCGCUCCGCGAUGCGUUGCUAGGUAUUGGGGUGCCGUUUGUCGAAGUGCAUGUGAGUAAUGUGCAUGCGCGCGAGGAGUUUCGGCAUAGGAGCUUUCUGUCGGAUAGAGCGGAAGCGGUGAUUUGUGGGUUAGGGGUGUGGGGGUAUGAGGUUGCGGUCGGGUUUGCGGCGAGGUAUCUUGCGGCGAAGGGGGUGCUGGGCGCAGAAGGAAAGGGCGAGGGGCAGGAGCUGGGGUGAACGAUCGGCGAGGAUGGGCGAGAACAGAAGCGAGGAUGGGAUGUUGAAGAUUGAGUUCUCGGGGGUUAGGAAUAUUGGGAAGGAGAA